AUGGAGGGUCUCGGUGUUUCAUCUGUACAACAGUUACAGGCUUUGUCUGCUUUAUUAUCGACUCAACAGGAGGAUGACGACGAUGAUGAAUGUGAAGUAAGUUAACAGAAAGACUCACAUAAUUAUGGUAAAGCUGCACAAACUUAAAAUAACAGCAACAUUUCUGCAAAUUCAGCCCCAAAACGUUGAGAAACGUGGUAGAAAAUUUGUCAAGUCACUCUUAUCACAUUAGGAACAAAGUGUGUGAACUUUUUUCCUAGUGUGUGUAAAUGUUCAAUGUACAUUUAAGUGUUAAAGUUCUAUCUAAUUAUUAUAUAUAAAUGAUUAUUUACUAAUAUUAAAGUUCAGUCUUCAUGUUGGAUAUAAAUAUUCAGAUUAAAGUUUGAUCAAAAUGUUGAAUUUAAAUGUUGAUGUCUUACACCCAGUAUUGAAAUGAUCCUUGUUUAAUUUACCCAGAUUUCUAUAUAUUUAUUCUGUAGUAGGCCUAAAUGUAAAUAGCUGAUUAAUGACUUAAGAGAUAUAAGGAGGAUAAAGAAGAGAGAUAUCUUUAAGAUGUUUAGUAUAUGGAUAGUAAGUUGCUUUGUCAACCUAGUAUUACAUUUGUUUUGCUGUUGUUUUGUCUACCAUGCUAUAUUACAUCUCUUAAUCUGGACAGAAUGUUUCAUCUUAUGCUCGCCUUGGUCCUGGACACAUCGGCCCCCCACCUAAAAGAGAGAAAGAAGGUAGUAUUUAACAUUUCCACAUGACCCCUAACUAAGUCACUGUAAUAACUCAGGUGAACUGUCAAACUGUACAUGUGUAAUUUUCAUAAAUAUGUGUGUGUUUGUUAUUGAUUUGAAGUGACUUCUGCGUACAUCAAGAAGAACAGCAAAGACAUCUGGAGUGAGGAAGAGGUGGCUGAAGGUUCCCAGUAUGAUGAUCAUUCUGACCCACGACCACAGCCGGAGUAAGAGAGACACACACACUGCCUGUGGGCGAUUAUUUGUCACAAAUAGACCCCGCGCUUUCUACUGUAAGUAGAUUUAAAUAUAAGGAGUGUUUUAAUACCUCUGUUUUCAGGUAUGAGAUAAUCCUGAAGCAGAAUGUGGGGACAGAGGAUCUGUUCCUGGGCUUGAAUGGAAAGGACCCCUCCUCCAUGUGCUGUGACGCCAUGCUGGUAAUUAAGUGUGAGCUGUUUUGGCCAAAUAAUUUUAAGUACAACCUUAUUUUCUGACUCACAGAGCUUAUAAUACAUAAUAUAUGCUUCAUUUUAGGCCUGAGUUUUGGACACUAAAGUCCAUGUCAGAAUAAAAAUGAAAGAAAUAUCACAUUUUACCAAAUAAAAUCACAACAACACAUGAUAUAAUCACUGCAGUUUACAAAUCCACUGUUGAAAUGUGUGUACAUUUGUUGUGAUGUUUCCAAAAACAAAAAGAAUACCUCAUAUCACUUCUUGUUGGCUGAGGAAAUGACUCUGUGGUUUUAUUUACUAAGUCUAUUAAAGGUACUAUGAAGAGUUUUAUAACUGAAAAACAGACUAAAACUGAUAGGGACGACUGUUUAUGACCUUCAAAUGACAUAAAGACUAUCAGCAAGAAGGCUGAUGGUUGAACUGUUGUCAUUUUUAAUACUUCAAACUGCUGUGAGAGGGUUAGUGUCAAACCAGAUGAUGUACAGAAAGGUAAAAAGAAUAAAGUCUUGAAUCUACAAAGUACAAAAUAAACUUCAUGUGUGAUAACUGUGAAUAGAAAAUGUGGUCAUUGUUUCUUUUCAUGGUUUGUUUCCUUUUUGCAGGUGAAAAUCAAACUCCCACAGACUAAAGCAAAAGAGGUGGCCUUGGAUGUAAAGGAAAAAUUCCUUGAUCUACGGACGCCAAAAUAGUGAGUGAUGCUUUGAAACGUUCUCUUUGAUUUCUAAUCUCCUCAAAAAGGCAGGCGUCAACGGUUCAGACUACAAACAUCCAUCUCCAGAGUUGUCCUUUCAUUUAGAGUUCACGUCGUAAUCUUAGCUUUGAUUUUUUUCCUGCUCUCUUUUUAACCUUCCCUCUCGCCCCCUCCUCAGCAAACUGGGUCUUCAUCUCCCAUAUCCCACCCACAGCGGCGGGGGGAAGGCGCAGUUCUUCAGUGAGAGGGAGGAGCUGGAGGUGACUCUGCCGAUCAAACACGCUGAGGAUUUUCUCAUUGUGCAAUAA